UUUGCCUCUGUGGAACAACUCUAUGAAGUAAAAAUACUUAGCUCAACCUGAAGGGAUGUUAAGUGAAGGCUUCAUCUGCGGAAUUCCCUACUGGAAAGAAUACCAAAGGGAAAGCAGGAGUGAGCAGAGUCAACAAAGGUAUGAUGGCAUUUCACAUGAGUUGAGGUCAGUCAAUGACCUUCUGGAGUGCCCUCAUUCUGAUUCAUCAAAUGCAGCUCUGUCACUUCUUGAAAGGUGCAAGUCCUUCGGCAGAUCGUUCAGAUCGAAUGGACGGGAAAAGAAGGUGACACCAUUGUUACAGGCCUCCAAGGUGACUCCCAUUCCCAGGCAGGCAUCUCUGGUUGUGGACAUCCCAGGAAGUUCUGGUGUGAGCAACAAGGAUACCUAUUUUGUCCCCUCCUGUUGCAAAAGCAUUUGUGAUAAUUACAAUGACCUGCAGAUCGCUGGAGAUCACGUCUUGCCAAUUGAUUCAGAGACGUCAGGCCUGACAUCCCAAAGCAGCCAUGAAGCAAAUAUGGGUCCAUUCUUGUAUUCGCUGGAAAUUCCUUCGUCAGAGUCUCCGAAACUGUCGGAGUUGACAAACAAGCCAUCCAACAGUGACACAUCUUGUUGGCGCAACAGCAGUGCUAAAUACAAAAGCAUCAUCCAACACUCUCAACCCCUCACCAACUCAGUCCUCAACGACUAUCUCGAGCAGAAAGUUCUCGAACUCUACAAGCAGUACAUAAUGGACAGCAUGGUGAACAGUGCAUCACCAACAAAAAUAAUGGAAUCAGAGCUGAUAAUGAACAACGUUGACCAAAUUAGCAUGCAGAUAUCACGAGAGCAGAACAUGGAAACUACCAAAGCCAAGGACAUUGUUAUCAGCUGCCUGCUGCGACUUGCAAGUGAAAUUCAAUCAAAUGAAUUUAGUACGCCAAAUUUACAGAUAUCUUCAUGAAUAAAACCAGAUUUCAAAAUUACUGGGUGAUCAAGGUUGUAAAUGCAAGUUCUUAAAAUGUAUAAUUAAGUUUGGACAGAAUUCCUACCUGUAGAUUACUCCUACUUGUUAUAACGUUUUCUCUGAUUAUUGACCCAAUCCAUAAAUCCAAGCCCCCUGAAGAUAAAUCACCAUCCUCUAAUGACAUUAACAAAAUCCUUCUAGUCACCACACCACACACCACACUUCUUGCAAUCAGUGACCACUCCCUCCAGGAUUAGAGAUGCUUAUGACACAAACUACACCCUAGCAGUAUGAACAUUGACUUCUCUAACUUCAAGUAGCCCUUGCUUUCCCUCUCUCUCCAUCCCCUCUC